CUCGGUCGAUGCUUUACGAAUGCGCACCGUCGCUUUUUACGAUUCGCAGAUUUUCGAUGACGUUCAGUUGAUUUCGACCAUUCGGACGCAGAACGUAUUUGAUUGCAUUUAAUCGCGUCGUGCUCCACGUAUUUAUUGUGUAUUGUGUAUUGAACAAAAAGUGUCCGGGAUACGAAUUGAACGAGUAUUCUUUCGCAGUUUGUCUGUGCAAUUGAAUGAGAUACUUUACUCUGAUUAAUUUCCUUUAAAAAUGUUGACGUAAAGUGUAUUUUAAGAUGAAAAUUCGGAUCAACGCGUAGUGUUUUCUUCUCUCAAAUUUCUUAUUGGAAAAUACAAUUGGAAAUAACAGUCACAAUAAAUUCUCAUACGCACAAUGACUACAUUAAGCGGAUUUAUAGAAUUCUUCCAGAAAGGCAAGACUUUUAGACCGAAAAAAAAGUUUGCUCAUGGAACAUUGCGUUAUUCUUUAUACAAACAAGCUCAAGCUUCUCUUAAUUCUGGGAUCAAUCUGAGAUCUGUCGUCAAAUUACCUCCUGGAGAAGAUAUGAAUGAUUGGAUUGCUGUUCAUGUUGUAGAUUUUUUUAACAGAAUAAAUCUUAUAUAUGGUACUGUAUCUGAAUACUGCGAUUCGGCAUCUUGUCCAGCGAUGAGCGGUGGAGCACGUUUCGAAUAUUUGUGGGCAGAUGGUGAAAAGUAUAAAAAGCCAACAGCGUUACCAGCUCCACAAUAUGUUGCUCUUCUUAUGGAUUGGAUUGAAGCUCAAAUAAAUAAUGAAACAGUUUUUCCAGUAUCAACAGAUGUGCCAUUUCCCAAAACAUUUGUGCCACUAUGUAGAAAAAUUUUGACACGUCUUUUUAGAGUCUUUGUUCAUGUGUAUAUCCAUCAUUUUGAUCGCAUUGUAGCAAUAGGAGCAGAAGCACAUGUGAAUACAUGUUACAAGCAUUUCUACUAUUUUGUAACAGAAUUUGAUUUAAUUAAUCCUAAAGAAUUAGAACCUUUAGCUGAAAUGACUGCCAAAGUUUGUAAGGAUAGUGUGUCUCCUACUCAAAGUACAGCACCAUCAAGCAACCAAAGCAGAUAGUUAUUUUGCAGCCACAUUUGACAAAACUGAUAAUUGCUAUUUCUAAGAAAAUAACAGAACUUUCAGAGAAACAGAUCAUAGAAAAAAUUGUAAGUCCGUUUCAUAUAAAGAUAAGAUAUAGUUUGUAACAUUUUACUGGAUGCUUUCCAGUAACGUACACAGACGGCAUUGUAACACAGUGUACAAUUUAGUGCUUUUGAACUGUAACACAACUCAACGUACUUGUAUACAUUCAUACAAGAUACUCUUAUAAUAAUAGUAUCAACUGAAAUGAUAUCCCUUUUUUAUAAUAUUAAGAUUUGUACUCUAGUCCAUAGAUAUGACCAAUAUUUUGGCAAUGAGAUAUAAUGGUGAAAUAAAAACUAAGCAACAUUUUAGCUACAUUAUGUAUCACAUAGUGUAUUAUUGCUGGAAAGCACACCCACUAUCCCAGCAAACAAAAUAAUAAAAAAAUAAAACAACAUCAAUAAGACAUUUGAUGUCUCCUUAUAUUUUCUGGAAUAUUUUUUUAAGAUAAAUAACUGCAGAAGAUAUUAUUUGUGUUACAAAUAUGUUUCCUACGCAUUAUCUUAUUGCUAAAAUUGUUUUAAUAUUUGUAAAUAUAAACAAUUAUUUUUACUUUAAUACACACGCUUAAGAGAAUUAGCGACGUUAGUUUUACCAUUUAAAUUGGGCUACGUAUGCGUGCGAUAUUGAUAUCGCAGUAACUAUAAACUAAAUUGUUAACGCAUAUAUUAUUUUUUUUGUGUUAUCCUGAAUUAAAACUAUGUUUGUUUUAGACGUACAAAAUAUAAAACUUUUAUUAUAUAAA